CUUUACAACCUACAACUUGCAAUAAAGCGUGUUUUGCAUUUUCUCCAAAAUAGAUAUAUAAAUAAAAUAUCAAACACCAACAAAAUUCUCAAUUCAAGGAACGCAGUUGAAUCUACAAACAGAGAAAACAUUACUCGCAUAGAAAGGGAAGAAUGGCGUCGGCGAUUAUGAGAUCUGGCCUCCGUUCCGCCCUCCGCGGCGGCGCUUAUGCUCCACGCGUUUCAUCAGCUUCUAACCGCUCCUUCUCCUCUUCAGCAUCUCAACUCGAUGAAGCUGCCGAGGCUUCAAAGUGGGAGAAGAUAACAUAUGUAGGAAUAGCAGCAUGCACGUGUCUUGCUGCCUUUAUCCUUUCCAAGGGUCAUCCGCACCACGACGAACCUCCUGCAUACCCUUUCUUGCACAUUCGAAACAAGGAGUUUCCAUGGGGUCCAGAUGGUCUGUUUGAGGUAAAGCAUCACUAAUCGGUUUCUGGGAUGUCUCGAAGAUUAAUAAGUCGUGUGGUUCAUUUCUGAAAUGUAUUUAAACUCGUGGUCUCCAAUAUUGACUUGGAAACUCGAAAUUCCAUUCAGCAUGUUAUGUUGACAGUCUUUGAAACCAUGAUCUCAUUGUUUUUGGAAAAAUAUGCACAUUGUGGAUGCUUUUCAUCUUUCAUCUUUCAUCUUUUUUUGGACUUCUUUCAUUUGUGCUUCUACAAAAUAAAGUUGAUUAGAUUGGAGGGCUUUUUGGUCCAUCUUGUGGAAUUAUUUCAUUCUCGU